CCGGGACGGAAAGGGUGGAGCCUACAAAAAAAUCAAAAAUAGAGCGCGGCUACAGCUGGAGUCUGCGGCUGGCCGGUGGCUCUGAUCGCUGACAGGACGUCGAGAUGGACUCCACUGCCUGCUUGAAGUCCUUGCUCCUGAGCAUCAAUCAGUACAAAGCCGUUAAGUCGGAGUCGAACGCCACUCAGCUCCUGAGGCACUUGGAGAUAGUUUCUGGACAAAAGCUGACAAGGCUGUUUACAUCACAUCAGAUACUGCCAAGUGAAUGCUUGAGUUGCCUCGUAGAACUUCUUGAAGACCCAAACAUAAGUGCUUCACUGAUCUUAAGUAUUAUCAGUUUGCUGUCUCAACUGGCUUUAGAUAAUGAAAGCCGAGACUGUCUUCAGAAUCUAUACAAUCUGAAUAGUGUGCUGGCAGGAGUGGUUUGUCGGAGCAGCACUUGCCACAAUGAUUCGGUGUUUUUACAGUGUAUUCAACUCCUGCAAAGGUUAACAUAUAAUGUCAGAUUUUUCCAUUCUGGUGCCCAUAUAGAUGACUUAGUUACAUUCUUGAUUGGUCAUAUACAGUCUUCUGAAGAUGAGCUAACAAUGCCUUGUCUAGGAUUAUUGGCAAAUCUUUGUCGAUACAAUCUUUCUGUUCAAACACAAAUAAAAACUUUGAGUAAUGUGAAAUCUUUUUAUCGAACUCUCAUAAGCUUCCUAGCACACAGCAGUCUGACAGUGGUUGUGUUUGCACUUUCAAUAUUAUCCAGUUUGACACUAAAUGAAGAAGUCGGGGAAAAGCUAUUUCAUGCUCGAAACAUUCAUCAGACUUUCCAACUAAUAUUUAAUAUUCUCAUAAAUGGUGAUGGUACCCUAACAAGAAAGUACUCAGUUGACCUACUCAUGGAUCUCCUCAAGAAUCCUAAAAUUGCUGAUUAUCUUACAAGGUAUGAACACUUCUCUUCAUGUCUUAAUCAAGUACUUGGGCUUCUAAAUGCAAAAGACCCUGAUUCUUCUUCAAAGGUUUUAGAAUUACUUCUUGCAUUCUGUGCAGUGACUCAGUUGCGCCAUGUGCUCAGUCACAUGAUGUUUGAACAGUCUCCACCUGGCAACAACGUUCUGGGAAGCCGUCCUAAGAGCUUAGAACCUACUGUGGCUCUACUUCGUUGGCUAAGCCAACCUUUGGAUGGAUCUGAAAACUGUUCUGUUUUAGCAUUGGAGUUGUUCAAGGAAAUCUUUGAGGAUGUCAUUGAUACUGGUAACUGUUCUUCAACUGACUGUUUUGUGACCCUUCUGCUGCCUACAAUCCUAGAUCAGCUUCAGUUCACAGAACAAAAUCUUGAUGAGACCUUAAUAAGAAAAAAGUGUGAAAGAAUGGUCAAAGCCAUUGAAGUUUUGUUAACUCUGUGUGGAGACGACACGCUGAAAGUGCAUGUUGUGAAAGUACUGACCACUAUCAAGUGCACCACACUGAUAGAGCAACAGUUUAAAUAUGGCAAGAUUGACCUGGGGUUUGGAACAAAGGUAGCCGAUUCUGAAUUGUGCAAACUUGCUGCUGAUGUAAUUUUGAAAACUCUUAAUUUGAUGAACAAACUUAAACAAUUGGUUCCUGGUAUGGAAGUAAGCUUCUACAAAAUCCUUCAGGAUCCACGUUUGAUUACACCUUUGGCUUUUGCUUUAACAUCAGAUAAUAGAGAACAAGUACAGUCUGGAUUGGGAAUAUUGCUGGAAGCUGCUCCACUGCCAGAUUUUCCUGCCUUAGUCCUUGGAGAAAGUAUAGCAGCAAACAAUGUAUACAGACAGCAAGAAACCGAGAAUAUGCCCAGGAAAGUGCCUUUGCAGCCCUUAAAUCACUGUUUUUCAACAUCAGCAAAGUGCUUAACGCCUCCUCUUUCAAAAGAUAAUGCUCCUGCAUUGAACGUUGAAGAGCUAAUAGAGAAACUUCAGGCAGGAAUGAUGGUAAAGGAUCAGAUUAAUGAUAUAAGAAUAUCUGACAUAAUGGAUGUUUAUGAGAUGAAACUUUCCACAUUAGCCUCUAAAGAGAGCAGGUUGCAAGAUCUCCUGGAAGCAAAAGCCUUGGCUCUUGCACAGGCUGACAGACUAAUUGCUCAGUAUCGUUGUCAAAGAACUCAAGCAGAGACAGAGGCACGAACACUUGCAGGCAUGUUAAGAGAAGUUGAGAAAAAAAAUGAAGAGCUUAGUAUGUUGCUGAAGUCACAACAGCUGGAGUCAGAAAGAAUCCAAAAUGAUAUUGAGCAUCUCUUUCAACAUAGUAGGAAGUUGGAGUCUGUGGCUGAAGAACAUGAAAUACUGACAAAGUCCUACAUGGAACUUGUUCAAAGAAAUGAAACUACUGAGAAGAAGAAUACGGACUUACAGACUACUUGUGAGUCCCUGAAUAAACAGAUUGAGACAGUGAAAAAGUUGAAUGAGUCACUCAAGCAACAAAAUGAAAAAGCUAUUGCUCAGUUGAUGGAGAAAGAAGAACAGAGAAAAGAAGUCCAGAGCCAGUUAGUAGACAGAGAAUAUAAAUUAUCAAAUUUGCGUAAAAUAGCAAAAUCCCAAGAAGAAAAGAUUAAUGUUUUACAAAAAGAAAAGGAAGAUAAGCAGGAAGCCAUUGAUGGCCUUAAAAAAGAGUUAAGCAGAACAGAACAGAUAAGAAAAGAGUUGAGUAUUAAGGCUUCCUCCCUAGAAGUGCAGAAGACUCAAUUAGAAGGUCGUUUGGAAGAGAAAGAGUCUUUGGUGAAACUUCAGCAAGACGAGUUGAACAAACAUUCUCACAUGAUAGCAAUGAUCCACAGUUUAAGUGGUGGAAAAAUAAGCCCAGAAACUGUGAAUCUUAGUAUAUAAACAUUAUGGCUUUGGGGAAUUUGUACAUGAAUACUUUUGAUGUAUUUAUAUAUUAGAGGUCACAGUAAAUGGAG